GCACAAUCAGCACAAUCGCCGAAUGCGGCAGGCGCCCCAUAUAGAGGGCCCUUUUGUGUUGAGUUUUCUCAAUCGGUAACUGUAGGGCCCUACCCAAAACGGUAGAAAAGGGCAAGGCAAAACGAAGCCAACGAAAAGAAAACAACGAAAGAAAGCAAACUGCUUUAGCCCCAACAAUACAAUCAGCUUUUGUUUCUUCUUUUGCAAUUGUUCUUUCUGCUUCCUACCAGUUCAUCCUUCUGAUUGUAUCCCAUCUGUUGCAUUAUGGCGUCUCAAGCUCAACCUUUACCCACUAUCAAAGAUAAUUUAAUUGCAUUGGCAAAAACUGCUCAAUUUGCAUGGUUUUCUGGUCACAUAAUUACUUUAACUAGUGCCUUUUGGUAUUUACUGUCCUUCAAGUCCAAUUCCUUGACUAAAUUUUGGUAUAGAUUAUUCUUUUUAGGAGUGAUUGAAUCCUUUGGCGUUAUCAUAUUCCAAGCUUACAAAUCAGGGCCAUUUAAUGUCAAAAAAAUUUUAAAUGAUGAUAACGUUCAAUAUCUUUAUGCUGCUUUGUUAUGGUUAUUCUCACCAAUUACCACGUUGGCAUUGUUUCCAUUUAUUUUUUUCUCAAUUUUCCAUACUUUAACCUAUUCAAGAGCCUGUUUAUUCCCUGCAUUGAAUAUUCAAUCUGAUUCUGCUAUCUCUAAGACCAUUGCCAAUUUCAUUAGAACUAAUAAUGACAAAUCAAUAAGAUUAGCUGCUAAUUUUGAAUUGAUAUUAUUUGUUUGGUUGUUUUUUAAAUUACUCACUUUUAAAUCGUCUGCUUGGUUAGAUUUUAUUCUUUAUUUUUUCUUUAUUAAAGUGAGAUACGAAAAAUCUGUUUUCAGCAGAGAAACAUUAUCUGAAUGGGUUGUUAGAGUUGAUUCAUUGGUUGCUGAUCCAAGGGUUCCUCCUCAAAUCAAAAACUAUUAUACUGAGUUUAAAACAAUUGCAAGAAAAACUUUAGGUAAACCAUUACUUUCUAGUCCUUCUGUUCCUUCAAAGAAGAACUAAUUUUAAUAAAUAAUUAUUAAUUGUUAUUAAUUACUAUUAACCAAUUAAAGAGAAGAGAAAAAAAAAUAUUAAAUUAUUACUAAAUUAUUACUAAAUCGUUAUUAAAUUAUAACUAAAUUAUAAUUGACAAUCAAAUCUUUUUAUUGUUUCAUUUGUAAUUUUUUUAUUGCUUUCGCGUUACUUUCCUUAUUACUUUAUCAUUUCUUUAUAAUUUUUAAAUUCGGG